CGACUGUGACUCUCUUCAAUCUCAUCCUUCAUAUAGCUUUUCAUAUUUUAUCGCAUUUCUGUCUCUGAUUUCUAUAUAACCUGGCCGCGAAAUCAAUGGCGCGACGUUCGUCAACCACCUUUGAAUUCUCUAUUCCUGGCGACGAGCUUGAACAGUAUCGUAUUCAACUCGAACAGCAGAUUCAAAACACCGAUUUAUCCCUGCAUCUCUCAUCUUCACAAGGGGACGACGACAGCGUUGAAUAUCCGAGGCACAAUUCUAACCAUUCACUAGGCUUUCCAUCAUUCGAACAACCCAGUCAGCAUUUUGACUAUGAUGCUCCCAGUGGCUUGCAUGCGUGGUCCACGCAUGAAGACGAGGGUGUCAAUCCUUAUGUCGGUGAGACGGUCUCUACCAUCGGCCAUCAUGCCAGCGCCGUCACAAUUGGCGCGGGGCUCGGUGGGCGUGGCCAACGGCGGGAAGUCAGUCUCAGUGGUGCUGAGUAUGACCCGGAACGCCCACUGCAAGACAUGAUUGCGGGUAUGGACAGUCGCAUCAGCAUCUUGGAGCCUCACUCCAAGUCUCGACAGACGCCCUACCCUCGUGAGCCCCUCGAUGCAUCAGGCGACUGCGAUCUAUCUCAGGUUUCGCAACCUGCGGCACUUGCAGCAAGACUCCGUUCCCCACAUCUCGAACCUGAGUCAGCUGAGUCAGAAGCAGACCGCUCGCAAAACAUCUCCCGCCGCAAGCUCUCUGACAAUUUGCAGCGUGUCGGGUUCUCUCCCCGACGGCCGCGCAAUUUGCAAAGCCGUACCAUGGCGCAGCAGUCUCCCUCUCGCAGCCAUUCUUAUGUACAUGGUGCACAUGAUUCCCAACAUAUUCCAUCCUAUUCCCGAAAAGCAACAACUUCGAAACCACGCAAGGCAUCUCAUUCCGUAUCUUUUGACGUAGAUGCGACACCCGUGCGGCGGCAUGUAUCUCAGCCACAGGUGAAUGUACAACCACCCACGCCAUCCGCUUCUAGCUCCAAGUUUACACGUAUGGCGAGGGGCCUCGCGAAGGAUGUUCAUGAGGCUCAGGCCGAGGAAGCUGCAUUAUUUCAGAACCAAUCACAGACUACUACUAUCCCUCGUGCGGCGCCUGUGGGCUCUCGUCGUGUCUCUAUGAAGCACCACGACACAUUGAAGCAACCCCUUCACGACGUCGCCGACCACAGUGCCGUUGACGUUAAUGUAGAGAUCUCCCAACCAAAUCGGUCAUUCAGAAAAGCGAGUAGAGGACGAGUGAAUCUCCCAGACCUGACUGGCCUCACAAGUGCUGUUGUGUCUCCUGCGAAGGCCAACCUUGAACGCUAUGGCAUCAAGACUGCUGGUUCAUCGAAAGAGGUUGAAUCCCGUCUCAUAGCGUCCCUCAAUGCACUUCAUUCAAAGCUCGCUCAUCUCGAAACAGAAAAUGGCAUCGCUCGCCGCCGUGUCCGGGAACUCGAGUAUGAACUCCAACAGUGCAAACGUGAUGUCGCUCGAGAACGCUCGAGAAUCAUCGAACAAGACGCAGGCGAGACAUCAUGGAAAAGGGGCAAAGAGGAGCGACGAGACAGAGAGGAAGAACAGUCCAAGUAUUUCGAAGUUGUGGAGGAAAAGAAAGCGCUCGAGUCUUUGAUAUCAACCCUCCGCUCGCAUCUUACCCGUGUCACCACAGAGUUGACAGCGCAGCAGCAACUCCUGGAGGACCUUAAGAGGCUCAGGGAGGACGAUGCCAAGAUGCUUGCCGAGAAAACAGAUGAAAUCGGCGCACUUCGACUCGAAGUUGAACGGCUUGCAGGCGAGAUUGAGGUACUCAGGAAUGUGGUAGAAGAAGGCCUUAACGAAAGAAGAAUGGCGAGGGAACAGCAAUCACAACUUGUGGAAGGGAAAGACGAGGUCUCUGUGCUAGACCAUUCAAAUCAGGAGCUGAACCAGUCACAUCAGGGGCCAGACCCGGUGACGACCCGUGCUAGUCUUCAGUCAACACGAAGGUUUGUUGACGUGGACGAGCUUACACGGAUAUCGGAAGACCUGGAGGAACGCAGAUCCGAGCGAUCUUCUUGUGGAAGCCCUUCCCUGUCGUCACGACAUAGCUCGCGUUCGCACCCAGGUGACAUAACUCGGCUCACUGACUCCGAAGAAAGCAGGCGUCACGCCACCCGGAGGGAGCCUUCGGGGGAUGAUGAAGUUGCCCCUUUACCUCGGAUAUCAGAAGACCUUGAGGAACAACGGUCUGAGGGAUCCUCUUGUGGAAAUGCUUCCCUGUCGUCGCGACAUGGCUCGCGUCCAGGUGACACGACACACGCUCGGCUUACUGAACCCGAAGACGGGAGGCGACCUGUCAUUCGGAGAGAGACCUUGAAGGAUGAUGAAGCUGCGCCUUUCCCUCGUAUUCGCUCGGGUCGCCUCGAGAACUUAUUCUUCUCUGCACCGAAACACAACUCUGGGACAUGCACUCGGUGUAAUCACCGUUCGGCCCGCAUCGGUAGCCAUGUGAACUCCAAGACCACACGCCCAAGUCAGGGACGCGCCCCACCCUUGAACGAUCAGGGCUCUAGCGCACAAGUCAAAAAUGAUCAUUUUAAGUCCCGAGCCAAUGUCUUUGAACCCGAUGGUGUUGAUUCGUACGAAGCCCUCUUCCAGGGCGACAAAUUACCACCACAGACCGUACUUGCCAGAGUAUUACGAGAACUCGAGGAAGAAUUCACACAUCACAAAGGAAUCUAUAGUGAACUGGCUGACGAAUACAAGGGUAUGGACUCGAUGGUGCAAGCAGCGAGGCGGCGCAUUGUGGCUGAUCAUCUUCGAGAUAUCAUCGAUCUGAUCGAGCGCAAGGUCGAUCAAAUUCAGUCUCUAUAUGAUCUUUUGAAGUUUGAAGAUAAACCAUCUUCUCGGCAACGAAUAUCUUGACAAUCACGCCGGUAACUUCUGGGUUCAGGAGUCGAGCAGCCUCUGUUUUAUUGUACACCAUAAUUGUAGCUUUCCAAUUCAAUUGCAUUUAUGUGUUGCCUAUGGUGACUCAUGAUUCCUGGUGUUCAG